CAAAAGCAGAUACAUAAAUAGAGCAAAAUUUAGUUGAUGUUGAUGAUAAUGAACAAGAAGGGGAACACAAAUAAAGCGGGAAUAAGUUUAUACAAUUAUCUUCUCUUUGAAUAGAAAAAGCGGUUCCAUGCUCUUUGAAAUACAACUUAGAGCAUUGUUUUUACACAGUUUAAGCUGUUUUUGUGUUUGUUUUGAUUUUUCUUAAUGUGUUUUGCAAGCAUGUUUCAAUAGCAAGUCUGUUAUAUGCUUAAACAGGUGCACCAGGAUGCAUCAAUGAUUCUCUCUUAACUGGACUGCAAUUUGUUGAAGGCUUUGAAAGCUUUUUCUUUGUGAAGAGGUGGACAAUGCAUCAGCUGAAAAUUAAGAAUCCCAACUACCAGCGCAAGUGGAAGACACAUAUGAUUGAUAACCCAGAGUUCAAAGAUGACCCUGAAAUCUAUGUUUUCCCGAAGUUGAAGUAUGUGGGCAUUGAAUUGUGGCAGGUGAAAUCUGGAACCCUGUUUGACAAUGUCUUGAUUUGUGAUGAUCUGGAUUAUGCGAUGAAGCUGGCAGAGGAAACGUGGGGCAAACAAAAGGAUGCUGAGAAGGCAGCAUUUGAUGAGGCAGAGAAGAAGAGAGAGGAGGAGGAAUCAAAGGAUGAUCCUGUAGAUUCUGAUGUAAGUGCCACGAAUUCAUCUAAACAAUAUAAUUUGUUUAUU